UUCCAUGUUUCUUGCCGACUGGUUUUCUACGUACACAUGGUGCACAUGUGAAUGAAGAAAGUCAGAUAGAGAUCAAAACUGCAAGGCAGCCAGUGAGCCCUGUGUAAUGUUAUAACCUAUGAUUAUUAUUAUAUAUCAAUUAUCAGUGUAUAGUCCCUAACAAUGGCAAGAGUGCUGAAAAUCCUGCAGACCCUGAGGAAUCACUGGAAGAAGUCUGUGUUCGGGGUCUGUGUUGUAUCCUACGGGGGGCAUUGGCUGUAUGGGAAACACUGUGAUAAUUUAUUGCGGAGAGCAGCAUGCCAGGAAGCUUUGAAAUUUGGACAGGAGCUGAUCCCAGCGAAUGUGCAGCUUAAAAAAGCCACCGUCAUUCUCAACCCCGCAGCCUGCAGUAGGAAAGCGAGCACCCUUUUUGAGAAAAAUGCAGCCCCCAUCUUACACUUGGCAGGCAUUGAGGUGACACUAGUUAAGACGGACUAUGAAGGCCAGGCAAAGAAGCUGCUGGAUCUGAUGGAGCAGACCGAUCUUAUCAUUGUGGCUGGAGGGGACGGGACCCUGCAGGAGGUUAUCACUGGUCUGCUGCGACGAGCAGAUGCGGCUACCUUCAGUAAAAUUCCCAUUGGUUUCAUCCCCCUGGGAACCAACAACACUCUGAAUCACACUCUGUACCCAGACAGUGACAACAAAGUCAAGCACAUCACUGACGCUACCCUAUCCAUCCUGAAGGGGGACACUAUCCCCCUAGAUGUGCUGCAGAUAAAGGGAGAGACAGAGCAGCCAGUGUUUGCCUUGACCUGUUUGCAGUGGGGAGCGUACAGAGAUGUAGCUGCCAAUAUUAGCAAAUAUUGGUACCUUGGGCCUUUAAAAACAAAGGCAGCUCACUUUUUCAGUACUUUGAAGGAGUGGCCACAGAGUCAUCAGGUGUCUCUGAGGUACCUGGGCCCCACAGCACGGCCCCCCGACGAGACCAAGGAACCCUCCCGCCCGCAACUCCUCACCCGCAUAUUCCACAGGCUGGCGCUUUACUGGUCUCCUCCCAAAGAGGAGCCUCCAAAAGAGACAGAACCAGAGUCUUGGCAAGAGAUGGAGCUGUCAGCAGUGGAAAUGUCAAUCUGCACUCACAACAGAAACCCUGAUCUCCAACGCACAGAAGAUGCCCUGACAAUUUGUGUAGAACCAGACACACUAAGUAAAGGGGACUUCAUCGCCAUGGGGAGCACAAAGCUGACAAACGCGUCCAUCUGUCCGGAGAGUGGGGUCUGUGUGCAGGCCAGUAGCUGCCAACUCAAUCUGCCAAAGGAUGGCGCUGGUUUCUACAGCAUUGACAAUGAGGAAUACGAGGCCAUGCCUGUCGAGGUCACAUUGUUGCCACGGAAACUCAACUUUUUCUGCGAUUCUGCCCGUAAGCAUGACUUGCUGAACUAGGCACAAGGCAUGAAAGGAAAGGAAAUUGGAAGUGUCUGAAACUGCAGACUUGAUCACAUGCUUCAAGACAUGCUGAAGGUACUGAGAUUCAGAUGCAGUGGCUGAAAUAAGAAGUGUUACUGUACCCGGCUUAUGUUUUUUCCCACUGGAAAAAUUAGAAUGUCCAGUUUGCUUGCAGGGGGAUGGGCUUCAUAUUUUGAAUAAAAUUAGUUCUAUAUGAGCCAGUCAUACUUAAGACUCAGUUGAUUUCUCUGUGUCUGAGAGCCUUACUGGUUCUCAUUUAAGGAUCUGUAAACGAUGGAUCCCUGUCCGCUGAGGCUGUAACAGUGUAACAGAAAACGUCUAGUUUCAGACUCUGAUCACUAAUUGUGGAUUAUUUUAUCUAAAAUCAUUAAUUAAUCAGUGACUGUGAAACCAGCUGUAAAGGUUUAAACUAGCAUACACAACUUCAAUGACAAUUUUAAAUUUAUGAUGCCUUCUUUAUAUUUUACUUUUGUAUUUAAUUCUGUGGUUUUUCACACUAAUCAAUUAUAGUGGUUUACAGUGCACCAAGACUAUAACUGAGAGAACUUUUUGCUGAAUGCAAGGUCCUCAUGAAACAGGUCAUUUUGUUUAAACGCUUAAGAUUUUUGCUUUCGUUUUACUGCCUUACAGCCUUCAGAUUCCCUCAAAAGAAAUUUAGACUCGCCCAAGAAUUUUGCCUGAAUAUUGAAUAUUAAGAUUUUUUAUUUUUUUUCUGUGUAACCUAAUUUACUUCUUUGUAUCGUAAUUGAAACAAUAUAUUACCAUGGAAAACUAUUGACCAGAAGUCAUCAUUUACAUGUCUUAUUUUGUAAAGGAAAUAUCAUGCAUUGUAAGAUGAUAUACUGUAUUUUGUAUUCAAAAUGUAUGUCAUCAUCCAGCAAGUAUUAGGACUGAUGAAUAAAUCCUGAAUAUCUCGGUAUCCCUGAAUAGAUUUUUAUUUUGUGGUACCAGUAAUUCCUGCCAGGUGAGUGUCUCGGUGUGACACAGCAGUGUGGUGUGCAGGGUGAGUCGUAUUGUACAGUCGCCUUGCAACUAUUGUACUGGGCCCCCUACUGGACAAAUGCCUGGUGAACUCAGACAGACACCUGCAGGGCUGGCAGUUCCACUCUAGGAGCCGAUAUGCACUGUCAAGCUCCUGGAUAUAAAGCUUUGGCUUGCCAAUGGGAUCGGAGGUUGCCCGCUGACCUUCAGGUCUGAGCUGUUGUAGGGAGUUGAUGUGUUGAGGGAACAUAAUUGGACAUUCUAAAUUGGGGGGGGGUGAACAUUUUAAAACAUAAUGAACAUAAAAGAUGCCUGCCAGAAAGAAAAAUGUCUACUGCAGCCUUAAAAAUAAAACGAAACACACCAGCUUUUAGUAUUAAGAAAAAAAAAUUCACAGCUUGGAUUUAUUUACAUAACUGAAUGAAACAGGUUUGUCUAUUCACUUGAACUUUAUGAAACUCAUCAGCAGAUCAUUGUUUUUUUAUCCUUUUAUCUGCUUUAAAUAUUAAGUUUUGGUGAAUUGCCCCCAUCUCAUAUACCAUGAUAUAUUUCUGUCACAGUUCCAUUCACUCACAUACAGUAUUACUAUGGAAAUACAUGAAUAUAAAAACCUACUGGUACACUUUGGUUAAUUUGUUUUUAGUAGGAUGUUUAUUAAAAGUGAAGCAGUCACAUAACCUUUAGGCUAGAAAAUUAUUAUUUUAAAGUGUACAGACAGUUAUGCUUUGUAAUUUAGCUUAACAGCAAAGAUUAAUUGGACUGACAAAAUAUGAGUACACAAAUGUUUUUUCUUUAAUUAAAGUACUUAUUAAUUAUUUUGUGUUUCAGAUUAAUUCCUACUUUCAUCUUGAUUCAUCCAAUAUUAGAACUAGGUAUUACUAGACGCGAGUGAAAAAGGUCUUUAUUGCAGGCACUGGCUACAGCAUAUAGGGACUUAUAACCUUUUGAAAUAAUUCAGCAUUUUU